AUGGCUGGUUCAAGCUCCAAGCGAGCCUCACGCGGCCGCGCCUCGGAAGCUGCAGCACCGACGCACUCUCGCAAGGUUCAGUUCGGGGGCGCAGGUGACGACGCAGACGAGAGCAGCACCAACACAUCCAUCGAUCUCAACUCAGAUGCGAUCAAGGUCAUGAUACAUCAAGCCAGGACCAUUCUCACCGAGCUGGGGCCUCAGCUCUCGGCUCGGUCGCCUACCAAGCUGGCAACGAGCGCAUUCGAAAUCUCGCCAGACAACCUCUCGCUGCACACACUGCGAGACCAGCUUCUGUCCAAAGCAGACCGCAGCAAUCAACGACGGCUAUUUGGAGACAAUGCAUCACCGGCAAAGCGUAGACGUAGCAGCAUGUCGCAAUUUGCUGGCGAAGGCGAGCUCGACAUCAACUGGGCUGUCCACAAGGAAUGGCCCGAGGGACUCAUGGAGGAAGAGAGGCUCUUGCUCGACUACUUCAAGAAGCUCAAGUUCAUCUACCUCGAGCAGGAAACCAAGAUGCGCUUCAUGGCCGACAUUCAGGAUGAUCUCGAAUCCGGCAAGGAGGCCACCGUCUACUCGGCCACCGAGGUCGCAGAACGCGAACGCGUAGCCAAGACGCUCAAGACGCAGCUCACCGAAGCGAAGGCGGAAGUGCGCGGUCUCAGGAAGGAAGUGGAUGCAGCAGCCGACGAGCUGUUCGAGCCGUGGCAGGAGGUGGACCAAGAUAGUCGCGAGGCGGAAGUGCUCAUCAAGGAGAUUGGCGACAUGGAGCUCGAGUUGGCCAAGAUUCGCGCUCAAAGCCAUGGCAAGGGAGGCAACGUGGCUGCCAUCGCAGGACGAGACGGACCCUUGACCACCACUGAGGCGGAAGAGUAUCUCGAUGGGCAGGUGGAGGAGAUGACCGCACUCGAAGGCAAGACUGCUGAUGUUAAGAAGGCGAUCGAGGCGACCAAGAAGGACCUCGUCUCGUCGUUGCGCGCGCUCGACAGGAUCAACGCUGAACGAUCGCUGGCCGAAAAGUUUGCCAGCGAGGCCAAGCUGGGCAUGGGCGUCGACGGUGGCCGAGAUCUCGAGACCGAGAGGCUCUGCGCCAGUCAUGCGGCCACCAUCAGCUUGCUGCGAUCUUUGCUGGGCAUCGACGAGAUUGAAGCCAUCUCACCGACCGAGAUCCGCAUCACAUACAAGUUGCCGCUCGACUCGAUUCUUCAGCAGUCACAACAGGAAGCAGCGGGCAAAGCAGCGGGUUCGCGACGCAAGCGAAAGUCGAUUGCGCUUCCCGAUCAGUCUCUGGUUCACGUCAACCUUCGCUUCAAGGAUGUUGGUGGACGCAUCGACGAGGUGAGUGUGACCUCAUCCAAAGGCGAGCAGUACGACAUGCCAGAGGCGUCGAUGGCGAGAUUGCGGGCCUUGCAGAAGGCCAACGAUGUGCCAUUGAUCGUGCAGGAGGUCUUGGCUGCCUUUUGA